UCCCCUCUUUAAUUCGCGCAGGCGAACGCACCAAAUGGGACUCCUCAAGCCGCCUCCGCUUUCCUUUUCCCUUUCUCUUCCCUGUAACAAAAAGACUCGUGCUUUACACUGGAGCAGCAGCAAGAAGAUGACGGCGUCGGCGAACUGCUCGAUCGCGGAGGUUCCCCCAACUGCGACCGCCGACGGGAUCCGAACCCUCGCAGAAUCCGGUCGAUAUAAGGCAUGGCUCUUAGAUCAGUUUGGUGUUCUUCAUGAUGGGAAAAAGCCAUAUCCUGGUGCCAUUCCAACAUUGGAACAACUAGCUAAUCAUGGGGCAAAGAUGGUAAUCAUAAGCAAUUCAUCUAGACGAGCAUCUAUAACCAUGGAGAAGUUGGAGGGCCUUGGAUUUGAUUCUUCUCUUUUUCUAGGGGCCAUCACAAGUGGAGAAUUAACACAUCAAUAUCUUCAGAGGAGGGAAGAUCCAUGGUUUGCAGACCUAGGAAGAUCUUGUAUCCACAUGACAUGGAGUGAUCGAGGUGCAAUAUCUCUUGAUGGUCUGGGCUUGCAAGUUGUGAGCAAUGUGGAUCAUGCAAAUUUUAUUCUAGCUCAUGGUACUGAAGCACUGGGUCUUCCUUCUGGUGAUGCACUCCCUAAGAAACUUGAAGAACUUGAGCAAAUAUUAGAACUAAGCGCCAAAAGAAAAAUUCCCAUGGUGGUUGCGAAUCCAGAUUAUGUAACUGUUGAGGCGAGAAAUCUGCGUGUUAUGCCUGGAACCCUAGCAGCUAAAUAUGAGAAGCUUGGAGGUGAAGUGAAAUGGAUGGGAAAACCUGAUAAGUUGCUUUUUGUCAUUUUUUUUCCUUUUUCAAAAAAAAAUAAUGGUGAUUGUAUUACUGUAGGAGAUUCUCUUCACCAUGACAUUAAGGGUGCAAAUGCUGCUGGAAUUGAUUCAGCAUUUAUCACUGGGGGAAUUCAUGCUACUGAACUUGGAAUUAGUACUUUUGGGGAAGUUGCUGACUGCACUGCAGUCCAAGCUUUGGCGAGUAAGAGCGGUGCCUGUCCGUCUUAUAUUUUGCCGGCUUUUACGUGGUAGUGCAGCAUCUGUUAUGGUUGGUCUUACCUUCUGGACCUGAGGGCAGCAGGGAGUUAGAAGAAGGUGAAGAUUACAUAUUCGGAGAUCCUUUGCCUUAGUAAAGCAAGAAUCAUGAGAGUAUAAGUUUGUAUAGCCAUUACAAUCAAGCAUGUGUGUUAUAAUCGAGGGAUCACACGAGUCGAAUACUAUUGAUUAUCAAGAGAUGUGGUCUAGUCACGCCAUGAUAUACUACUAACAAUGAUAUUCUAACACUAUGCUGGUAUUUUGGAGAAGUGGUGGAUACCACAAGAAAGAUGACAUUGAGAUUGCUGGAAAACGCCCAAAUUUUAUGUAAUCUGAUGAGACGUACGCUGUGAAGUUGAAACACAACCCAGUGUUUUAGAGGCGGAGGGAUGAACGCUAGAAAAGAAUAGGAAAACACAACUCUGACGGAUGAUAUGAAAAAAUGUAGUGGUCCAUUAUCCUAACGGUUAGAAGUUGAAUUGGACAGUUGACAUGGACACCUACCAAUUGUUGGACUUAAUGAAAGAUGUAUGGUGUAUGGCCGAGAAGAAGAACUUUAGUCUCCCUGGAAUCCUUGCCGCUAACAUAUGAGAAGCUUGGAGGUGAAGUGAAAUGGAUAGGAAACCUGAUAAGUUACUAUAACUGCAUGCAUUACUGUCAUUUUUUAUCUUUGUCUCAAGUGCAUAUCUUCUGAAGAUAGAAUAAUACAAAGACACUAUUUUGCAGAUAUUUUACAUAUUGGGUAGGUUUGAACCGAGACCAAGCGAUUCUUAUCAUAUGCAAGAGGGGGUUUAGUAUGCUCAUUUGUAAUAAAAGUUAGCCUAAUUAUUGUAAACAUUCACUUUUCUUCUUUUUGAAGUUCUAUAAGAUUGGAGUUUGGGUAGUGAAGGAUGUUAUUGUUGUGUUUCUCUCAACAUCAUCUAGAUACUAUCUUACCUUUCAGCAUGUUA